AUGAGCAUCAUAGGAAAGUUAAUAAUAGGAAUCCUGAGAGUUGCGGGCCUCAUUGCUGCACCAUUCACAUUUGGGGCCGGAAUCGUAGUGUCCAUUGUAGGGGCAGGAAUUGGUGGCGCGGGGGGACUGGUCAUGUCUUGUUCCAAAGUCGCUGAGAUUAUCUUGGAAAAGUUAGGACUAAAAGAAGUGCAAGAGACAAUUGAGGACGAUCGUAAAGCUUGUAGUGAGCUCCAGAAACAGUUAGACCCCUUGGAGAACUUCAUCUCUAGCUUAGCAGAGUUCCUUAAACCACUGCAUGAUGACGCGGUUUUGCUCAGAGAAUUAGAAGGAAGUGGAUUUGAAUUUCUUAGUCAGCGGAUAUCCUAUGAAGAGAUCGGUGCGUCCACCGAAGAGAGAGUAGAAUUCGGUGCCAGGUUCUUCAGAGCAGCCACUUCCGCAGCCACAAUAUCUGCAUCAGCGGCCGCGACUGCAGGCGCUGUAGCCAGAAGUGCGGCUAUUGCGGGGACGCGCGCGGCACAUGUUGCUGGUUCUGUAAUCAGCGCCGCCCUGUUGCCGCUGGAUAUCACGUUACUCGUCAAAUCAUCUUUGGAGCUGCAUCGUGGAUCCACAUCUGCAGCUGUACAAGAUAUCCGGCGGAUUCUUGACGAACUUGAAUGCCCAGAUAAAGAGGAGAUCCAAGGUCUGGUGGAGAGCUUCAUUGAUGAGAAAUUUACCGAGGCGUACAAUAAGAUGGACGAUGAAAAGAAACAGGAGCAGAAUCGAGACAGUGAUGAUAGUAACGAGCUGGAUAAACAAAUGAUGACAUAG